GCCUGCUUGCUAUUGUUAUUGACCACAUAAGACGACAUAAGAUCAUCAAAAGCAAAACUGUUUGGUUUAUCCGUGCCAUCGCAGAGAAUUACUGGUUUUGAUAGACGCUGAAGAUGUCAUCUAGAAUCAAAACUUUUUUCUCCAAAUUCGACAUUUCGUGGCCGACUUACGCUCUAGUUUGUUUGUUUGGAAUUGGAUCGUGGGUCGCGCUCAAUGGCAUUUGGGUAGAACUACCGAUUUUCGUCAAACAUGCUCCUGAGGCAUGGAACUUACCAUCCUAUUUGGCAAUAAUAGUCCAGCUUGCAAAUAUCGGACCCAUUGUUUAUGGAUUUGGAAACCACUGGGCCAAGAAUGUCUGUAACGAAUGGACUGCUAUUCCCCUCAUUGUUACAAUUGGUGCUGUUUCCUGUUUCUUGUUGGCAUAUUUUUGGGACAGAACAAGUCUUUUAUUUGGCGCAAAUCACAGUACGGCUUUGCUGGCGUUAUCCUUCACGCUUUCCCUUGUAGACUGCACGUCUUCCGUUGUUUUCCUUACUUUUAUUGGAACGUUUCCGGCACCAUAUUUGACGGCAUUGUUUAUUGGCGAAACCCUUAGUGGAAUGUUGCCAAGUUUUGUUGCCCUAGGACAGGGAAUCGGUGACCCAUGUAAUUCAACUCUAAUUCAAAAUACCACAAUUCUGGUAAAUGACUUUGAAAGCACUGAUCUUUAUGUUGGCAAGGGUCUUAAAUUUGGCCCAGAGGAAUUUUUCUUUUUUCUUUUUUCCAUGAUGGUAGUAUGUGGUUUGUCAUUUCUAGCCCUGAAUGUUCUACCAUUUGCAAAGCGGCAGCAAAUAUUACAGAGACCAGAUCACAGAACCAAUUUUAGUGAAGUUAAUAGGCACUUAUUAUCAGAAAAUGAGUUUGUCAGCUAUGGGCCUCACGGUAGCAUUAGCAGCGACACUAGUGCUCCUGAUGAUGAACAAGUUCCACCUGCUAUUGUAUACCAGCCCAACUGCAGUAGCAGACAAGUUGUGUAUCUGCUCUUUGUUCAAGUUUGGAUCAAUGGACUUGCAAAUGGUGUCCUUCCAUCAACUCAAGCAUAUGCCUGUCAGCCAUAUGGUAGCCAAGCCUACCAUUUAGCCGUGACACUGACAUCAAUCUCAAAUGCGCUGACAUGUGUCCUUGCACUAUGGCUACCAAGUCAAUCCACAUCUAUCGUCACCAUAUUCGCCUGCAUCUACAAUAUCCUGAGUGGCUACUUGCUGCUUCUUGCCAGUUUGAGCCCCACCCCUCCCCUCUACAACACACUUAUGGGCUCCAUAAUAAUGGUGACUGUUAGUGUAGUCAGUGGAUCACUCAUCACCUAUACAAAACUCACAAUCUGUACUAUCAUGAAGAAGAAGGGCCAGAGAGCACUAUUCUGGUGUGGUGUAGCAAUACAAGCAGGAUCCUGUAUUGGUGCUCUUGUGAUAUUUCCUGUUGUGAAUGUGGCGAAAGCUUUUCAUCAGGCCAAACAGCAGUGCUGAGUACCACAUCUCACAAAGUAAUUAAUGCUCAGUCAUUUUACGAACAUGUAUAUACUACAAGGAUCAUGAUAGGAAUUAUGUUAAAAAAAUUAGGGUGAUUUUAUUGGAUAAAAUUCCAAUUUAAUAAUUAAGGUAUUCUUUAUCUAUUCUUACAAAUCUUUUUAUUUUCACUUAUUUUUUUUUUUGCUCAAGAAAUACUGAUUGUGUUGAUUAGGGAAGUAUAACUGGUAAAAAUAAUAAUUAUAUGAAAAUCUUAUCCCUAAUGUAUCUGAUCCCCAAUGUUAAACCUUUCGAGUUCCAACGAAACCAGAGAGUUCAUAAAGUACUUUCCUGACAGGGAAAAGUUUUCUCUUUGAUUAAAAAAUGCCUUUUGUUUUAAAUGACUAAAAGGCUACUGUGUGACAUUGA